ACCACCCCUCGAGCCUUUGUGAUAAGCACGCAGAAUACAAGCCUUUUCUCCGUAUUCUGAGACUUUUAUACAAGACUUUGUGUGGCGCUUGCCCCGUGCCGGGCACUGUCCCACACAUUCACACACUUUGAAUCACUGUCAUGACUGCGGCCUGGGAGGCGGGUGCUCCUGUGGCCCCACUUCGGGGCCCAGGAGGCUGCAGCCCCGAGAGGGGAGUUGUUUGCUGGGUCCCAUGGUGUAUUAGCUUCCUGUCGCUGCUCUAACAAAUGACCCCACGCAUAGUGGGUUAAAACAACACAGAUUUAAUAUCUUACACUUCCAAAGGUUAGAAAUCUACAACAGCUUUCACGGGCUAAAAGCAAGGAUUUUGGAUGCUCUAGGGGAGAAUUCUCGCCUUUCCCGCCUUCUAGAGGCUGUCCACAGUCUUUGGCUCCUGGCCCCGUCCACCCUUAAGGCAGCAGCAUAAUGUCCUCAAUUUCUUUCUGACUCUGACCCCCCUGCCUCCCUCUUUCACUUAUAAGGACCCCUUGUGAAGACAUUGGGGGCCCACUGGACACUCCAGGACCCAUCUCAAGAUCCUUAACCACAUGUGCAAAGUCCCUUUUGGCCUGUAAGGUCACGCACUCCCAGGUUCUGGGGAUUAGGACAUGCACACUUUGGGGGUCAUUAUUGCACCUGCCGUGCCCAGCAAGGGAGAGAUGGGACAGCUUGACGACAGCUGCUGGGGGCCUAUGGAGAACCCCCUCUUUCUCCAAGUCUUAGAUCUUUUCUUCCUGUGGUCCUUCCUCGGCCCCUGUUCUGGGGACGCUGUGAUCAGCUGAGGAGGGGGCUGCGGUGACCAUGUCCAUAGGCUGAGAGCGGAUUUGAAGACAGGUGUGGGCCUGGCCCAAGGGCUCACAGGACGGCGGGGAGAGGUGGAAGGGGAGCAGGGCGCUGCUCUGCACGUGUGAGGUCCUGCCUUUGGACACCAUGGGGUCUGCGAGGUGCCAGGCCCUGGGGCCAGAGAGGUCAUCAGGUCCUGAAUCUUAAGGAGCUCAUGGUCUGGGGGCGACACACAAAGGGGUCGCAGCAAUGGAGACCAGCAGGUGGGAGCUCCAGGAACCCCUUAGAGGAUGUUGGGGGAAGACAAGGGAGCUGGUGCCUGAGUUGUCACCCUGGACGGACCAAGUGAGAAGAAAAGGGAAGGACGUUCCUAGUACAGGGAACAGCAUAAACCAAGGCACAGAGGCAGCCUGGGCCGUGGCCAAGGCGAGUGAAAGAUAUAUGGACAGAGGCCUGUGUGGGAAGUGCCUUGAUCCUGUGUGUGAGGGCAAGCUUGCUCCGAGCAGGAGGUGACAGGACAGGUCUUGGGGCUGCAGCACCCGUCCCGUGGACCCGAGAGGCAGCCGGGGAACAUGGGUGAGGGCGCAGACUCUGGAGCCAGACCGCCAGGGUUCCAACCCCAGCUCUGCCUCUUCCUAGCUGUGUGGCCUCAGGCAAGUUACUUAGCCACCCUGGGCCUCAGUUUCAGCAUCUAUAAAAUGGGGAUGCUAGUAACAGCUCCCUCCCGUGAUCGAAUGUAUGGAUACAUGGAGAGCUCAGAGCAACGGCCCGUGCAGUUAGCCCUCAGAAAGCACAGCUGCUGUGAUCUCUCCUCGUCCAGGCGAGGACAGGGAAAGCCUGUGCAGGAGCUGAAGGAGGGGCCCGCAGCCAUGCACCAAGAAGCGCGGGGAACUCUUCCCUCGACGAGCACGGUCUUCAGUCCCUCGCAGAGCUCCUACCUGACGUGUCACCCAGGGGCGCAGCUUAGGCUCAGGGGCUCCCUGAGAGGGGUCCCAGUUCUACAGGGCUCUGAGCCUGGCUCCUGGGGCUCGGGUGGGCUGGGCGUUGUAGAAAGAGGCCGUUACCACGUCCCCUUAUUGAGAUGCCCAGGAAGUGAGGGGCAGGCCGGUGGCUGGGUGGGGAGCCGUGGGCAUCAGAGUGCUUGGAUUCCACAGAGGGACGCUGGGGUGGGCUUCCCGAUGGACCCCGCAAAGCAGGCUUCCAGAAAACCAGGACUGGAGUGGUGUGGGGCAACCCUUGUGCCUGGCGGGGAGCUGAGGUUGCAGUGCCAAAGGGCUGCUCACGUGACCCUGUGUCCCUGGCUCUCCCCACAGCCCCUCCCCCUCCCCCCGAGCACCCCGGCGCGAGAGAUGAGGCCCCGGAUGCUGCCCGUGUUCUUUGGGGAGAGCAUUGAGGUGAACCCAGAACCCACGCCCGAGAUCCGCUGCAAUUCCGAGGUCAAGUACGCCUCGGAGAAGCACUUCCGGGACAAGGUAUUCUACGCGCCGGUGCCCACGGUCACGGCCUACAGCGAGACGAUCGUGGCCGCGCCUAACUGCACGUGGCGCAGCUACCGCAGCCAGCUGACCCUGGAGCCGCGGCCGCGCGCCCUGCGCUUCCGCAGCACCACCAUCAUCUUCCCCAAGCGCGCCCGCAGCUCCUUCCGCACCACCCUGCACCUCAGCCUGGGCCGGCCCCGCCGCUGGUUCACAGCCAGCGUGCAGCUGCAGCUGUGCCCGCGCCCCGGGCCCGGCCUGCUGGGCCCCGCGCCGCUCUGACCGGCAGCCCGGCCCCCGCGGCGGCCGGAGCACGGGCUCCACGAUCGGGAGGGACCCCGGGCUGUGUCUUGCCCGCGCCGCAGCCGCUUUCUCAGCACCUACCCGGUGAGGCAGCGUGGGCCUGGCUUUCCUGAGGAGCCCGGGGCGGGGGCAGGUGCGUAGGCGGUGCUCGCCCCGACGGCCUGGCAGUGAAGAAGGUGUGUGGGUCCUGGCUGCCCUUGAAGCGGUGGACACACCCCGAACGCCGGCAGGACUGAGGCGUCCGGCCCGGCCUUGGCCGGGGGGCCCCCCACCAACCCCGGCUCCCAGGCCACGUGGGAGGGAAGAGGAGUGCUGUCCAGACACCCGCCGCCCCUGGAGAGGGCUGUUUCCAGAGCAGGCCUUUCACGUGUGUGCAGCUGGACGCCCAGAGCCAUAGCCCAGCAACCUCUGGUGGACGGUGAGCCGGGAGGUUGGGCGAAAGCCGGCAACGCUGCCGGGGCUGGUUGUGGGUUGUGUGUGGGGAGCGGCCUGGAGGAGCCCUGCCCGCGCUGUCCCAGUGCCCGUGCCCCAGUGCGGAGGAUGGAGGGCAUAGCCCGUCAGCACCGAGGCCUUUGAGCUCUGUGUCCGGAGCCUCACCCGCAGGGCAUCCUGCUAACCUCUGUCCCGACACCUUCAGGACCAGGACUCUGGACCGUCAGAGACCUUGAGCCAGGUGCCAAGGGGAGGCGUUUAAGCCGUUGGAAAUGACCACUGCCACCUGCCCGAGGCUCCUGGCCAGCUGUCAGCUUUCAGAUUCCGUGGGGUCCAGCUGCCCUCAUUCAGGCCUCCCGUUCCUACAGUGAUGACACUGCAGUGGCCAGUGCAGCAGGGUUCACCACACACGUGCAAGGUCAGGGGAGGAAGACGGGAGACCCAUGUGCUCCCUGGGAAGAGCCAGGAUACGUGGGUGCUGGGGCCAUGGCCUGGGGCUGCCUGCCACCAAUGCCCCAGAAGCCCCCAGCGUGGCCACGGAGAUGCCUUCAGAUCUGAUUGGACCCAGCAGGUGGAGGCUGCCCCGCCGCUCCUCUGGCAUCCCCCCAAGACAGGGCUUUAGCUCCCUCGCUGUGGGGAGGGGCGGCUCGGAGCUAGCGUUCAGGAGAGGCGAAGUGACUGAUAUAUUUUUAUAUAUCUACAGACUGUGCAUGUUCUCGCCACGGAGAUGCUUUCUGAUUAACAAAGAAAUAACUUAAGAAUCGAUUAUCUUAAUAAAAUGUGCAGACUC